UUAGUGCAAGUAUAAAAAUCCAAUAUUUGGAAAUUACUAAAGGGAUUAGAUUGUGUGUAGAAGUAUUUGAUUAAGUAUUAUACGUAAUUUACGCAACAGUAAAAUGACCGAAAUAUGUGAACCAUUGACCCUGGCCAGAGACGUCAAGAGGUCUAUAGAGCUAUUAGAAAAACUUCAGGCCAGCGGAGACUUUCCCACAACAAAAUUGGCUGCACUACAAAAAGUUCUUAAUUCUGAUUUCUUGAACUCUGUUCGUGAAGUCUAUGAACAUGUUUAUGAAACUGUUGAUAUACAGGGCUCACACGAUGUUAGGGCGUCUGCAACAGCUAAAGCAACUGUGGCUGCCUUUGCUGCCAGCGAAGGCCAUGCCCAUCCUCGAGUCGUUGAAUUGCCUAAAACUGAGGAAGGAUUGGGCUUCAAUGUGAUGGGAGGCAAGGAACAGAAUUCUCCCAUUUAUAUCUCUCGAAUUAUCCCAGGCGGUGUUGCUGAUAGACAUGGAGGAUUAAAAAGAGGAGAUCAGUUACUUUCCGUUAACGGAGUGUCUGUUGAAGGCGAAAAUCACGAGAGAGCGGUUGAAUUAUUAAAGCAAGCGAUUGGCUCCGUAAAGCUUGUUGUACGCUAUACGCCUAAAGUUCUUGAAGAAAUGGAAAUGCGUUUUGACAAACAACGUAAUACCCGUCGUCGUCAAUAAAAUUUAUAAUUUAUGCAUUACCUUGACGAAUAUUACAAUAUGAUUUAUGAAUCUCAUAUAAAUGAUAAAAUUCGUUCGGCCAUUACGAGAACUAAUGCCUAUUAAUCCAAAUGGAGUGAAUGGAUGUUUACGAGGAUUUCUACAACAUGGAAUGCUUAGUCUUAGGUUAUUCGCGUUAGUCUUCGCGAAUAUUUCGAUGUAACGUUUCCCUUUUGAAGUACUUAUUUUGGUGCCUAAUAUUUUAUUCGUUGAAAUACAAAAUGUGGAAAGUAUUUAUUAAAAACAACUGCCAUGCAACAACUCUACGAUAUUGUGAAUCCAAAAACUGUAAGCUUCUCCGAGUUAUAUCCCGUCAGAAACGUACGCUAGUUACAUCUAUCUUGAAUACUGACUAAUGCAAGUAGGCAGAAAAGAUUAACUUUUUAAUGGAACAAACAUUUAAAAAUUCAGUGGAAUAAAGUUUUUUGGUCAGAGUGCGUACACUGACGUUCCGUAGCGCAUAAUAUCAACACUAAGUAAUGCCGCUUACCAAAAGAAAAAUGAUAUCUUCUUAGCGAAUUACAUAUACAAUAUACUUAAAUCGUUAAAUAACCUAUGUCGUUCAACGUAUAACUUUAAAUAAGCAAAAGUUUCACUUUUCGAUUAAAAUAUAUUAUGCAAAUACCAAUGUCCACGAAUCUAGCUAAUGUCUCUCGUUUUGUAUUGAAAACAAUUCCAUAAUCAAUAAACCUACUUUUAAUAAUCAUAAAUAAAUACAUUGCUUUGCUAUCAAUCGAAGUGAUUAUCGAAUAAUA